AUGUCUGAGGGGAAAGAGCAUCACUACACAUUUUCUCUGAAAGGGCGCACGGCACUGGUGACGGGCGGUGCUCGGGGUUGCGGCCUAGCCUUUGCGCGGGGACUCGCCGAAGAAGGCGCUGAUGUAGCGGUCUUUGAUGUUGUUUCACCAGAGGAUGGAUUCCAUGAUAUUGAGAAGGAUUGCGGUGUCCGAACUGCGUAUUACAAGUGGGUAGAUUGUACAUUUGGGGGUAGCAUCGCUAACAACAGCAGAGUCGAUGUCUCAUCUCAGGAAUCUUUACAAGAAGGCUUCGCCAGCUUCCAGAAGGAUUUUAAUAAUUCUCUGGAUAUCUGCGUUCCAUGCGCCGGUAUCAAUCGCCAUCUCCCAUUCCUAGAAUUUACCUACAAAGAUCAUCAGGAUCUACUGUCUAUCAACGUACUCGGACUUUACUUUACUGCCCAACUCGCAGCCAAGCAAAUGAUCGCGAACAAGACAAAGCACGGCAGCAUUGUUCUAGUCGCCAGUAUGGCGAGUCAUAUCGCUGUGCGCAGCCAGCUAUGUUCGGCGUAUUGUGGCACAAAGGGCGCAGUGAGAUCGAUGUGUCCGGCGAUCGCGAAAGAGCUGGCCGAAUAUGGUAUUCGAGUCAAUUCCAUCUCUCCGGGAUUCGUGCGAACAGAAAUGACGGCCGCAUUCCCCCAUCUCCUCGACGGAUGGAAAUCCGAAGCCAUGAACGGCAGAAUCGCCGAACCAGAAGAUAUCAUGGGGGCAUGUGUAUUCCUCGCAAGUGACGCGAGUUCGUACAUGACCGGGUCAGACAUUGUUGUGGACGACCACGAAGGCUAUAGGAUUGGCCCUGUCGAUGCUUCCACUACCGUUGUGGUGGUGGGCGCGGGACCAUCGGGGUUGAUGCUAGCAUGUAAUCUCGUUCGCUUUGGAAUUGCCGUGGUGAUUCUAGAUGAUCGUCCCGACAAGACAUCCACAGGCAAGGCCGACGGAAUGCAGCCGAAGACUAUCGAGACAUUCAGACAACUUCGUUUGGCGGAUCCAUUGCUUAAGAACGGAGCACGGGUUUACGAUAUUUCUUUCUGGGAAUCAACCGCCAACGAGUCAUUGAAACGCACAGGUCGCAAAACCCACUACCCCGAGCAUGUCGGUGCCUCCGAUCCAUAUAUUUUGUUAGCCCAUCAGGGAAUGGUUGAGGAGGUCAUGAUUGAUGAUAUGGAGGCACGGGGAGUCUUCGUCACGCGGAAUAGCAAGUUCGUGUCUUGUUCACGUGUGGAUGGAACAACCCAAUUGGAUAUUGUGUAUGAGGAUGUUACUACAAAUACUCCGCAUAAGAUUCGAGCGGACUAUCUGGUUGGAUGCGAUGGAGCUCGAUCGAAGGUUCGAUCAUUUAUUCCGGAUGCUGAGCUCGAGGGAGAAUUAACAAACGCGGCUUGGGGAGUGCUAGAUGGCGUGAUUGAUACGGACUUCCCUGAUCUAUGGAGCAAAGUCGCGUUGCGGUCUCAUUCCGCUGGAUCGAUCUUGUGGAUUCCGCGCGAGAAAGGCAUGACUCGAUUAUAUGUUGAGUUGAGCUCGACCGACGGGGAGCGAGUGGAAAAAUCAAAGGCCACGACUGAAUAUGUUAUGAGCCGCGCCAGGGAGGCAAUGAACCCAUUCAAGCUAGAGUGGAAGACAGUAGAGUGGUUCGGAACCUAUGUUGUGGGGCAAAGGGUUGCGAAACGCUUCAUGGACUCGGAAGCACAGAUAUUCAUUGCAGGUGAUGCUGGUCACUGCCAUUCCGCUCUUGCAGCCCAAGGCGCCAACACAAGUAUGCACGACAGCUUCAACUUGGCAUGGAAGCUCAACCUCCUCGUCCGCGGACUGGCCAAACCAUCUUUACUGAACACCUACGAAGAAGAAAGACAAAAGAUAGCAUACGACCUCAUCAAUUUCGACGUGGAGCACUGCAAAGCGUUCGCAGCCGGCGAUGCAGAAUUAGCCAAGAACUUCGACGAUAACAUUCGAUUCAUAUCCGGUCUCGGAGCCGAAUACGGUCCAGGAAUGUUGACACAAGCCCCAACCACCACAUCUCGUCUACAACCUGGAAUGCUCCAACUCCCAGCUAAAGUCACUCGCUAUAUCGAUGCUAACCUGGUCGAUAUCCAGUUGGAUGUUCCACUGUUGGGUCAAUUCAAGAUCUAUAUUUUCGUUCCGGAUGUUCGCCGCUCGGGGGCAUCCCUGGACAAUGUCUGCCAACAGCUGCAAUCUAUUCUUGCUGGUGUCAAUGUUCAAGCAGAUCAGUCAUAUGCGAAACAUCCAAGGGGACAUUCUCCCUCAGAUGAAUUUGUUCAGGCUCAACGCUACACUGCUGUCUCCAGUGCUUUUACUUUUGCGAUGGUUACGCAGUCUGCUCAGUCUGAGUUUGAGAUUGCUCAUCUACCAGAGAUACUCCAGACUAGUCGCUGGACUCUAUAUGUCGACAAUAUUGGAGGGCCAAGUUGUACAGAGAAGUGGUUUGGGGAUCUGAACCGGGACAAGAUUGGGAUCGCUGUUGUCAGGCCAGAUGGAUAUGUCGGAGCUAUUGAUACUUGGGAUUUCGAACAAGUGGGUGUUAUAGGGCAGUGGGUGCAGGAUUACUUCUCUUUCAUGGUGUAA